CUUGGCCUCGCCAUUAUCCAGCUUCGAGAGCACUGGAUCCUUUGGUUCCAACUGCAUUGUGGAUUUUUGGUGCCGUUGAUCGAGCCACGCGUGCUUGAGGCUUGAGCAGUUGAACACGCGGGGACGCAGGCGGCAGGCUAGCGCACACCCGCGCCGUCGCGACGUGACCCGGCGAUGGGGUGCGCAACCUCCACCGAGGCGCGCCGCGACAUGGUGCGGACCGGCGCCGGCGCCCCCCCGCGCCGGAGCUUCUCGCUACCCUCUGUCGACCGCCAGCGGCUGCGGCUGAAGACCGUGUCGAUGCUCGGCAACCUCGGCCUCGCCGGCAGCAGCGCCCGUCACUCCAGCUCGUGCAGGCACGCGACGCUGUCGGUGGAGGAUUUGAUGAAGAGCGACAACGACCAUGCCGCGGACGCGGUGCUCCUCGGCGACGACGCGGCGAAGCGGUCCCUGAAGCCCCGCACGCCGACGCUGACGCCGCCCAACGAGCCCGAGGUGAUCAACGCAUGGGAGCUCAUGGCGGGGCUCGAGGACGACGCGCCGACACCGCGCGCCACGUACAGGUGUUCGCUACUCAAUGAGUUGCCGCAGGAGUUGGGCUUGGAGGCGCCGCCGCUGCCGGAGUGGAUGCAGGCCGACAUGGACAUGCCCGUCGCCUUAGACUUCGACCCUGAGGUACUGUCCGGAUUCCGGGAUGCUCUAGAGGCCACGGCGCCAUCGCCAGAGCAUGUUGUCUCGUCCGCCGAAGCCGAUACCGAGACGCCCAGGGAGCAGGAGCGGAAGGGCGCGGAUGCAUGUGACAUGCCAACGUCGCCGGCCACCGGCAACAUGCCGGAGCUUUCCGGCCUUGUCCGUGCCCGCAUCAUCGCGUUCCAAGAGAAGAUCGAACGGAGGGGAAGCAAGGGCCGCGACGCCAAGGUGUCGUCCCGGUGGCCGCCGGGAGGCGAGCGGAAGGCGGUGGUGUACUACACGAGCCUCCGCGGCGUGCGCAAGACGUUCGUGGACUGUUGCGCCGUGCGCAGCAUCCUGCGCAGCUACGGCGUGCGCCUGGACGAGCGCGACGUCUCCAUGCACGCCGUCUUCAAGGCCGAGCUCGCGGAGCUCCUCGGGCCCGGGUUCGCAGCCGCCGCGCUCCCGCGCGUGUUCGUCGACGGCCGGUACCUCGGCGGCGCCGAAGACGUGCACUUCCUGCACGAGGCGGGCGAGCUCGGGCGAGUGCUGGAGGGGUGCGAGGCCGCGCCCUCGCGGAAGCUCGGGUACAUGGAGGCGUGCGCCGCCUGCGGCGACGUCCGGUUCGUGCCGUGCGAGACGUGCUACGGAAGCUGCAAGGUCUUCGUCGAGGACGACGACGCGGACGACAUGUAUCAGUAUCACGACGUCGGCGAGUUCCGGCGGUGUCCCGAUUGUAAUGAAAAUGGCCUCGUAAGAUGCCCCGUUUGUUGCUGCUGAUGCUUGUACUACCGCGUGCGCAAUGGUAGAUUAGUUGUUUUUGGUAUGUACUUUGUAGUUUGUACAGAAUGGAGAGCAUUAUAGCAUAUUUUUGGUAGGAACAUGAUCCUUAUAAUAAUUCCGUGCAAGCAUUUUUUUUUGACGUGUGGCCGUAUGUAAUCUACAUUAGUGGAUUGGAGAGGGAGGACUUCAUGCCUACCCUCGUGCUGUAAUGUUUCCUCUUUCUUAAAUGAAAUGUCAUGUCGUUCGAGG